UGCGAGGGUCGGUGAGUCAACAAACAAAACGAAGCACACAAACUUCACAUGAUGCCGUGAGAUUAGCAGAUUCUAUACCCGCAAUUCGCAAACUUGGUGAGAAGCAAAGAAAGAUGCCAAGUAGAGAAUCUACACACAAACAAGUCCGGUUCAAGCGCCGAGGUUGAUACCUCACUUCUUUCGACACUCAAUAAAACAAACCCCAACGCCAACGACAAAAAAAUUCUCAUCUUCUAAUAAAAUGUCUCCCCAAGAUAGUCAAAAGGAAGAAAAGAUGAACAACAACGACAUGGAGAAUAACGGAAAAGGCAAAGGAAAAAAGAAAACGACACAAAUAAGCGCAGGCGGUGAUAUAGGAGGGUUGGUUGUCGUUGGCGGUGCCUUGGUUAUUGGAGGUUUAUUAAUGGCUAUUUUUGCAAGUAAGAGAAACAAAACAAGAGAUUCCAAUGAUAAGAACCCAACAACUGCGGCCACCAAAGUAUCCCAAAGAUCCAACGGUGGUUGGCUAAAGAAGAGAGAAGAUCAUGGAAGCCAAGGACUACGCUGUCUUCUUCAAACUUCUUCAUCGGUGGCUCUUAGGCUUAGCAGUUCAAGUUGCGCAGGCCAUGGGAGUUCAACUAUGGGCGUUAUCACCCAAGUCAACGAACAGAGACUGACGACUGAAAGUGAUGGCACAAGGAUAUCAGAAAUGGUUCUUCCCGAUUCUCAGGAAAAAGAAAUCAUCAAGUUAAGCGACGAUUUUGGUGCCGUCCAAGACGAGAAGUAUGAUAAUGAGGACCCAGUACCCACAGAAAUCACUGACGAAGUCAAGAACAGCGAAGAAACAUCUUCAGCAGAUCAGGAUUCAGAUAUGCAUUCCGCUGAAGACGGGGAAGAUGAGGAGGAAAGUGUUGCAGAGAACGACAAUGAAGGCUCUGAUGAUACGGGGCACUCUUCGAUGGAAUCGAACACUGACACUGUUUGGCCAGCAGAGAUGAUUGAGGACACAAUGCCAGAACUAGAAGAAGCAAGCCAACCACAGAGGAGUGGAAAAGAAUAUAAAACAGGCCAAACAGAAAAGCCUACCCGGUUCAACAGUGCCAGUGUCUUCAACAACAAAGCAAGCGAGGAGAAUAUGACAAUAAACAGACAGAUAUCGAAGCUUUGGGUUCGACUUCUGACGCUGUUGAUGCUCGUAUUGUAUUUUCUGCUAAUUUACCCCAUUCCUCGUAAAGCUCUCUCCGCGGUUCUCUUGCUGUUCAGUUAACUUCAAAACUCUGCUAUAAAUAAUUUGACUAGUUGAGUGUAGAUAUUGCAUUAACACUACGAUAUUGUUUGUUCUGUUACUGGUCAGGUCUAGUUGUUAAUGCCAAAAUCUAGAGAGACUAUGGGGUUGUUCUUUUGCAACAAAACUCAGAAAAAAUUUAAACUCA